CUUAUUAUAAUGUGAUCAAAGUUAUACCACUAAGUUAUGCCUGCACCUCUAUACCACAACUUCUUCAAGAUGAUGAAUAUCUUAGUGUAGAAAGAUGCCAAAGAGCUAAUAUGAGAAAUUGA